CUACACAGUAUAUGUACUGAACAUUAUAUACCAAAUCAGUCAUUACUGCAUAGCUCCCUGUUGCAGGGUAUCCAGUGAUGCUGAAGGCGAGUGCAGGGGGAGGGGGGAAAGGGAUGAGGGUGGCCAGAAACGAGCAGGAGUGUCGCGAGGGAUUCUCUAUGGCCACCGAGGAGGCCGUUACCUCCGUCAAUGAUGACCGAAUGCUCAUCGAGAAAUUCAUCGACAAACCUCGACACAUUGAGAUACAGGUUUUGGGGGACAAGCAUGGAAAUGUGAUAUACCUGAACGAGAGGGAGUGCUCCAUUCAGAGGAGAAAUCAGAAGGUCAUUGAGGAGGCUCCCAGUACGUUCCUGGACCCAGAGACCAGGAGGCAAUGGGAGAACAGGCAGUGGCUCUCAGCAAGGCCGUCAAAUACUCCUCUGCUGGGACGUGUGAGUUUCUGGUUGACUCUCAGAGGAAUUUCUAUUUCCUGGAGAUGAACACCAGACUGCAAGUGGAGCACCCAAUCACCGAGCUAAUUACAGGAGUCGACAUCGUCAGGGAGAUGAUCAACGUUGCCAGCGGUUGUCCGCUGAGUCUGAAGCAGGAGGAUAUUGGUAUCAAUGGCUGGGCAGUGGAGUGCCGGGUGUAUGCAGAGGACCCAGUCAGGUUCCUGCCCUCCAUCGGCUACCUCUCAACCUACAAGGAACCUCUGAAUGCCCCCGGACUGGAGAAUGUGAGAGUGGACACUGGGAUUGUGGAAGGCAGCACCAUCAGUAUGUUCUAUGACCCCAUGAUCUCCAAGCUGGUGACUCAUGGCGAGACAAGGGACGAGGCACUGGCCACGAUGGCCAAGGCUUUGGACCACUACUGCAUCCAAGGUGUGAAUCACAAUAUCCCAGUGUUGAGAGACAUCAUCACACAGCCUCGCUUCGUGUCCGGUGACAUCACCACUAAUUUCAUACCUGAAGUCUACCCCGAUGGGUUCAAAGGUCGGGUUCUGAGUGAGGGGGAGAAGGAUGAACUGGUGGCUGCUGCUUGCUACAUGCACAUAUCUCGUGAAGACACAGCCAAACAAUUCCUCAACCAAGAGAGACAGUCAGAGACGGUGGACCUGGAGCCCCAGGACUGGGAGCUGGUGGUAAAGUGUGAGGAGGAGAGUGUCCCUGUGAGGUGUGGGUGGAGUGAGGAUGGGCUGGAGGUGAGUCUGGAGGGAAAGGAGGAGCCCCUGACAAUCAGCACUGAUUGGAGGCUGGGAGAGCCUAUGAUGUUGGCUGAUGUUGACGGCAGAGAGGUUGCAGUCCAGUAUGAAGCUCGACGAGGGAAGACUCUUCCUUAGGCACUAUGGCAACAAGUAUGAGGUGGUGGUAUGACCCCAGUCAGCUGGCUGAGUCGCCACAUCCAGAGAGAGCUCUGUGAGUUAGUUGAAGAGGAGAAAUAAUACAUUGUGUGUGGAGAGAACAAAAUGGAGAACAAAGAGAAUUGGGUCAGGCACAACCACAACACAGUUAAGUUGUCUGGUGGCUUAAUUGUCAAAAAAUACUUCUGUGUUCUCUACAGCUAGAAUGAGAUUCUCACAUUUGUAACUACACCAUCGACCCCAUACUUUUGAUUGUUUUCG